AUGAACACGGCGCUACGGCGAUGGACGGGACGCAACAGCGACGACCUGAGCUCGCCCGGCUCAGACUCGGACGUGGAGGGCGAGCUGGAGGCAGCGUUCGCCUGUGGCGGGCCGGUGGUCAGUCACAUGAUCUCGUCCAUCUCCGAGACGGAGCUGGACUUCAGCAGCGACUCAAGCAGCGGGCGCUCCUCGCACCUCACCAACUCCAUCGAGGAGGCCAGCUCCCCGACCUCCGACCCUGAGCUCGACCCCGAGCUCGACCCCGAGCUCGACCCCGAGCAGGACAGCGGCAUCGUGGGCCUGAAGGCCUCCCUGCUCCUGGGCCAGCCUGACCCCAUCAAGCGCGAGGCGGAGGACAACGACGCCCUGGACGAUGGCCAGACGCUCAUGGGCCUGCAGAGCGUGGACGAUGUGGACGCGGAGGAGGAGGAGGACGGCUACGAGCACCAGGCGGACCCGGACGAGACGCUGCCCCCCGCCCCGCCGUGCGAGGACCGCGGCCGGGAGCAGCUCCUGCUGCGGGUGGAGCCGGACCACGGGCUGGAGAGCUUCAAGCGCUCCUUCUACCUGCCCGUGGGGCCGCGCCUCAUGCCCUGCGCCGACGACUACGACCCCACCAGCGAGGGCGAGUCCGAGUCCGAGUCCGAGGACGAGCUGAGUGAGAACUCCGACUCGCCCUGGCUGCUCAGCAACCUGGUCAACAAGAUGAUCUCCGAGGGCUCCUACCCCAUCAGCUGCCCCGAGGAGUGCCUCAAGCGGUCAGCCUCCAUCUCCGACACCAUCUCGCCCUCCACUCCUGCCGAGCUGGACACCGACGGCUUCGGCGAGCCCGACCUGCACAAGGUGGCGGGCGAGGGAGUCGGAGCCAUCCAGCGGGGCGGGGAUGAUGGACAGAGGAGCAACCCCACGUGCGACACUAUCACGCCGGUCAUCCUGGAGCGGUACGACCGCCUGACCCCACCGUCCACCCUCAGCCCCGAGCCCAGCAGCCUCAGCACCUCCACUGCUAGCUCCGCCAAGAACCAGGAGAAGAACAGCGCCCCACGAGGGAGGCGACGGGAGGAGCAGGAGGAAGAGGAAGAAGACCAAAGUAGCCCGCGUCUGCGCCCCGGCUCCGCCUCCCUGCAGCGGCUGGCCGAGGUGAAAAGCAGCCUGACCCUUGACCUCCCCACGGCCGCCACCAACCGCCUCUUCAGCCUCAGCUACUCCACCGAGGAGGAGGAGGAGGAGCACGAGCUGGACGAGGAGGACCCCUCGCCCUUCCUGGAGCCGCUCCCGCGCGUGCCGUCCCCCUACGAACACUCCGAGCCCUACCUGGACAGCUCGCCGCCCAUCGACGAGAGCGUGCGGCCGCUGCCCGUGCCCCUGCGGCCGCCGCUGGACGACUCGCUCGCCGACUCGCUGGCGUACGACAGCAUGAAGUACACGCUGGUGGUGGAUGAGAACACCACGCUGGAGCUGGUCAGUCUCAAGCGCUGCACCUCCCUGCUCAGCGACCGCAGCGACAGUGAGGACGACGAGGACGACGAGGACCAGCAGCCGCUUGCUGGACGGCAGGACUACGGUGGCCUGCGAGGGACAGCACUCAUACGUGGCUCAGGGGGGAGGCCAGAUCUCCUUUUCUCUAAGAAGUUCCUCAACGUGUUCGUCAACAGCACGUCACGCUCCUCUAGCACAGAGUCGUUUGGCCUGUUCUCCUGCACAAUAAAUGGAGAGGAGAGGGAGCAGACACAUCGUGCUGUGUUCAGGUUCAUCCCGCGACACACAGACGAGCUGGAGCUGGACGUGGAUGACCCGCUGUUCGUGGAGGAGGAGGAGGACGACUACUGGUACCACGGCUACAACAUGCGCACUGGUUCCAGGGGCAUCUUCCCCGCGUACUACGCCCACGAGGUUGUAGGUCAGAGCAAGGACUCUCUGGCAGUGAAAAGGAACCCUGCCUGGAUUGAAACCUUCAGCGUGCAGUUCCUGGGCUCCGUGGAGGUCCCCUAUCACCAGGGCAACGGCAUCCUGUGUGCCGCCAUGCAGAAGAUUGCCAGGUCCCGUAAGCGGACGGUGCACGUGCGUCCCCCCUCUGUGUGUGAGCUGGAGAUUAGCCUGCAGGGCAUCAAACUCAUCAUGAGCCUGGAGGACGAGUACGACCUGUCUGAAGAGUUUGACAGGUGUAGUCACUUCUUCCAGAUGAAGAACAUCUCCUUCUGUGGCUGCCACCCCAAGAACAACUGCUACUUUGGCUUCAUCACCAAACACCCCAUGCUGAAUCGCUUUGCCUGUCACGUGUUCGUUUCCCAGGAGUCCAUGCGGGGCGUAGCAGAGUGUGUGGGGCGAGCAUUCCAGGAAUACUACCAGGAACACCUGGAGUACGCCUGUCCCACCGAGGAUAUCUACCUGGAGUAGGUCACCAUAGCAACGGCCAUCCUCCUCCCACUUGCGUGUGUUUCUAGCAGCUGACCACCAGGGGGAGCUGGUAGCUUUUUUCUCUCGUGUAACAUAGGCCUCUGUCCUGCUCUCCCCCAACCUGGCUCCACCGCCAGACUCUCUCUUAGUGCAUCACCUAUUUACUCCCAAUCCAGUGGUUGGUUUGUUUAUUUAUGUAUUUAUUUAUGUAUUUAUUUAUUUAUUUGUUGGUUUGUUUAGAACCUUCUUUGGGAUGGAUUGCCUGUUACUUUUGUGUUCUUUUUCUAUGAUGGAGCUGAAGCCCAAUGCAAUGUUUGGUUCACUCUCAGCGGUGGACUUUUCCCACUCCUCAGAGAAAGAAAAAAAAUAUGACAAACAAAAAAACAAACAAACAAAAGAAGGAAAAAAAAUAAUGAUGUGAUGCGGGGAGACUCGUACACCUUUAGAUGCAUGGCUUUGGAGGGUUAUGCUCACAGACACCCCCACAUACCUGACGCAGCUGACAGAAGCAGAGAAGGGUGUGAGUGGUCGCCACUGACUGAGCUGGAGUGUGUGUGUGUGUGUGUGUGUGUGUGUGUGUGUGUGUGUGUUUUGUGACACCCUGUUCUGUAUACAUGGGUGAGCUGGAGUGUGUGUGUGGGAGUGGAGAGUUGCUUUCCACAGAUAUUCUAAUGGAACACAGAACAGUCAUGAGACUUAGGAACUUCUAAUUGCUAAGAAGUGAAGGACAGAGAGAGAGAGAGAGAAAGGGAGAGAGACUAGAAUAGAGAGAGAGAGAGGACAGAGAGUGGGAUAGAGAGAGAGAGAGAGAUAGAAUCUAUAUGAAUACACCUGCAAAUAUCCAGCAGUUCCGCAGCCUCUCCUAUCCUAAAAACAGAACGUACAUCCACCCAGUGGCACUGUGGAUGGUCACAUCACUAACGUUUAGGGGUUUUAGGAGUUCAGCCAGUGAGAGCAGCCUGACAUGAACUAGUCCCCAUACAUACAGUACAUUACCACAUGUAGAAUAUAUCAAUCUGUUGAUUCUAGAAUAAUGGUAGACCCAGAGUUCUCUGGUGGAAGUGUGUGAUAGAGUCUAAUGUGUAGUUGAGCUGAAAAGGCAGGAGAGCUCCUUAGCUCAGAUGGAGGUUACAAACAUGGAGCUCUUUUCCCCCUCAAAGUAGUUCCAAGCCUGGGUUAGAAAAAGUGACAUUUAUGUGUGUGUGUGUGUGUGUGUGUGUGUGUGUGUGUGUGUGUGUGUGUGUGUGUGUGUGUGUGUGUGUGUGUGUGUGUGUGUGUGUGUGUGUGAAUACUGCAGGACAGACUGAAGUAGUGUGAAUACUCUGGGAGAGACUGAAGUAGAUCUUUUGUAUGGUGGCGUCUCCAGUUGUAGAAAGCUUGCAUGUGACUGACUGACUUAUGGAGGAAUGCCAAGACUAUUUUCCAAUACCAAUGACCCUACCUGUGUACAGUAUCCCAUCACACAGCCAAAGUCACAGUCUGGCAAACUACAUCAGGGGCCCAUGGCUGAAUGGCUUCUACAGGUAGGCUGCACCACCAGGUCUGGCACGCAAGGAGACUGGUGGUUUUACUUUAGGACACUGGUCAGUGAUGAGUUGUGUGUGUUGUACAUGAAUCAAGCAGCAUAGGACAAUGCUAGUGCUCCUCAGAUUUUUACCAUAAAUCUCAAGUUGAAUACACACUGCUGAUUGCAGGCUGUGUGUGUGUGUGUGUGUGUGUGUGUGUGUGUGUGUGUGUGCGUGCGUGCGUGCGUGCGUGUGUGUGUGUUUUAACCUGAUCAGUGAUUUUCACUGUCAUUCGUCAUCAUUGAUGGGUUUUCCAUGGGAGUCAUAGUUAAUUACUGACCUUGAAAUUACCUUGCUGGGACUUUGCUAUGGCCGUGCUAUGACCAUGCCAUGACCUUGUCGUGACCUUGCUUGGAGUCUAAGUGAGGAGGGUGAUGGUGUGAGAGGAGGAACAGAAGCAACAGCAGCCCAGUCAGCCUGACCUCAUCUGAAUGUCCACCGACAUCGGUCAUGUCAAUCAACAAUCAUGGUGUACACUGGGACAUGGAUUUUUAAAGAGUAUGUCCUUGCAGUUGUGUGACCCGUGUGGUAAGACAGCUCUCCUCAGGACAGUUAUGUUUGGACUCUGUCACCUGGCUGGACUUGAAGAAGGGGUUCCGAUAUCAGAGAGGAGGAGGACGAGGAGGAGGAAGAGGAGACGCUGAGUUCCUCUCUGGGUAUUGGACCCGACCAUUCUACUCUGUUCCGUUUGGACUUGAGUUUGCGGGCGUGUUUGAAAAGUGCUACUUAACCCUGCGGUUCUCCAUCAGCUAUUAGACUGACUUUGGUUCCUAUACGACAGCGCCAUUUUACUACUACUACUUGCCUGCACUGUAGCCAUGGAAAGAGCUGGCGUAGCCUAACUAGCCUGGCUUCUGUCCCUCAGAUACCCUUCAGUAAACUCGACGAUACCUAACGCUGUAACCUGUAGGAUCCACAUACACUAGGCCUUCACUACAGACGCUUUUCUACCAGCCCAGACCUCACCGAGGCCAAAUCGUUCGACAUGCCGCGCUGUCCUGCCUCCCGCCUCCCUCCUUCCGCCCACCCGCCUGUCCGUCAUCUGUUACCAUGGUUACCUGUUCAUCUGUGACAAUGAUCUUCACUGGGUGGGGGGAGGGAGGGGGAGGGGUUAAGGACAUCAUUGUGAUUCUGAUUGGUUAGAUGCUGUAAAUAAUCUAGAAUCCAGAUUGCCAUGCAGUGUGCUUUCCGUUAAGUAUGUUAUUGAAAUAUAAAUGUAAAUUUAAAAAUAUUAAUAAUAAUAAUAUGAAUAAUGAUAAUUACAAUAAUAACCUGAGAAACAUCCACAACCAAAUGUCAUCCAUAAUGAGGGUGAGCCCACUGUAAAUGCUUCUUGAUUUCUAAUCUCUGUCAAUGUUACUUGGUUGCUUUUCAUGGCUUUACAUGCUGUCUUAUGUCUGUCAAACUGUGAUCUAGGACAAUGAGAGACUGGACCCCUACAGGUCAUAAUAACAUACCACACCCAUUGACAUUACACUACAAUACAUAGGGACACACAUACAAACACAAAAACACAUAUCUGCACACAUAUACACACACACACACACACACACACACACACAUAUCUGCACACAUACACACACACACACACACACACACACCAGUCAUUGGUCAGUGCAGUACUUAACACAUUAGACUUGGCUAAAAAUUCUGAAAUUCCAUUUAUAUUCCAAACCAGAACUGACUGUUUUAUCUCUAUCUCUCUCUCUCUCACACACACACAUACACAUACAUACACACACACACACACACACACACACACACAUGAAGCCACGUUUUGCUUAGUUUGAGUUCUGUCCCCCAUGCCAACUCCUGGCCUGCACGAGACGAGCUGGCUGUCCACUCCACUCUGCCCGUGCCCCACGCCACACCCUGUGCUCCGAGCGCCGGCCGGCACUGAGAGUGGCCCCAGCGGAGCCUCUUAGCUUGUAGAGCGCCACCAUUACAGGUACAUGUUCAUACACACCCCUCUCACACACACACACACACACACACAAAGCCAAACAGACACACAUGCAUACAGUACACACUCCAAGACGUAUCCUGUUCUUGGGACAUACAGGGAAAUGCAAUCCUACACUGUAUAACUAGAACAAAUCAGUAUGUAACAAAUGAACUAUCUGUUAUCUUAAAAAAAAGAACCUGUAAAAAAUAACAAAAAAAUUCACUGCCUUGUCAUGGAUUUGGUCUUAUGAAUAAAAUAUAUGCUUGAUGUCA